ACAAGUGACGAAAAGAUGAAGACGCAUUCUGGAUGGAUAUUUCAUCCCACGCGUACACCACAAAUUUGCAUUGCACAGUCAACACUCAGGUCAGCGGAAGGUUCCUCAAAUCCGUCGCCAAAACUACCACCCAUAAAACCCGAAAAAGAAACAUGGAGCACUAUAAAUGAAUUGCUAAUUCGUUCAUAUUUCCAACUACUCAUCAACUAUGGAAACCAGGGGGUGGUGGCCCUGGUUGCUCCGCCUUUUAUUCGUGGCGAUUCGCAGCCGCAGACGAAUCUUCUGAACAGGGGAUGCAGCCAGUACAAUGCUACCAACAUAGCUGACUUUUUCAGGAACCUGAACGCCACCUUCUCCGACCUGAGAUCUCAACUGUCGAACGGCGGGGGGAGGCGGUUCGCCACCGCGCAGCAGGAGAGGUCAUCGGACCCGGUUUACGCCAUGGUGCAGUGCAGAAAUUACCUCUCGGAACCGGAUUGUUUGGCCUGCUUCGACGCCGCCGUGUCUCAGAUCAGAAACUGCUCCGCCGCGAACGGAGCUCGGGUCAUCUACGACGGCUGUUUCCUCAGGUAUGAGAGCAACAACUUCUACGACGACACGACCCUCCCCGGAAACAUUCAAAUAUGCGGCAACCGAACCGCACCUCAGCCGGCCGCGUUCGGCGCAGCGGGACAGACAUUGCUAACGGAUCUUGAAGUCGCAACUCCUAGGAUUAACCGCUAUUUUGCAGCAACUAGGAGGGAAGUCACUGUCGGCGGCAACUUAACAAUCUACGGGGUGGCACAAUGCGCUGAAACGGUAACCCCGAGCGGCUGCCUGGAUUGCCUGACUGUGGCACAUAAAAACAUACAGGGCUGCUUACCGGAUGCUGAUGGAAGGGCUAUCGAUGCAGCAUGCUUUCUUAGAUAUUCGGACACACCCUUCUUUGCUGAUAAUCAGACUGUGGACAUCACACCUUUCCUACGAGGAGAAGGGGAUUCCAGCAAGAAAAAAGCAAUUAUUGGAGGAGUGGUAGGAGGUGGAGGUCUUGUCCUAAUUUUGCUUGCUUUCUUCUUAUGGUACAAGUUCUCAAGAAAGCCCAAGGCAACUCUAAGAGGUAAUAUUUUAGGAGCAACUGAACUCCAAGGCCCAAACAUCUACAGCUACAAGGAUUUGAAAGCUGCAACAAACAAUUUUAGCGAGGAAAAUAAACUCGGAGAAGGAGGUUUUGGAGAUGUAUAUAAGGCGACCUUAAAGAAUGGAAAUAUCAUUGCAGUGAAGAAAUUGGACAUCAGUUCUGGCAGAGCAAAGGCAGAUUUCGAGACUGAAGUUAGGCUUAUAAGCAAUGUUCAUCAUCGCAAUCUUGUCCGUCUCUUAGGAUACUGCAGCAAAGGAUCGGAGCUGCUGCUUGUUUAUGAGUACAUGGCCAAUGGCAGCCUGGACAGAUUUUUAUACGGCGACAAGCGAGGAGCGCUCACCUGGAAACAACGAUAUAAUAUAAUUUUUGGGACAGCGAGGGGUCUUGCGUAUUUGCACGAACAGUACCAUGAAUGCAUCAUACAUCGAGAUAUAAAGCCUAGCAACAUUCUUCUGGACGAUGAUUUUCAGACCAAGAUUGCUGAUUUCGGGUUGGCGAGGCUUCUACCUGAGAAUCAGAGUCAUGUCAGCACUAAAUUUGCAGGGACACUGGGCUAUACAGCACCAGAAUAUGCAAUCGCUGGACAUUUGUCGGAGAAAGUUGACACCUACAGUUUUGGAGUUGUAAUUCUUGAAAUCAUCAGCGGUCGAAGAAGCAACGAUAUGAACGCUGAUUCUGACACUGGAUUUCUACUUGAAGAGGCUUGGAAAUUGUAUGAGACUGGGAUGCACUUGAAACUAGUUGACGAGACGCUGGAUUCAAGCGACUACACGGCCGAAGAAUUGAAGAAACUACUAGAAAUCGCUUUGACUUGCACGCAAUCUCCAGCUUCAUCAAGGCCAACCAUGUCUGAAGUUCUGGUGAUGCUCUUAGGCGACCGAUCAGCAGAGCAGAAGGGCCCAAGCAAGCCUUCUUUUAGUUACGGAAAUAGGGGUUUUGCCGACACUACUACUUCAAAUUCUACGGGAUCGUCUACCUCCAACGCCACUGCCUCCAUCACCCAGUUCACAGGCCGCUAGCUAGCACUUGUUUAUACACAAUCGUCAUAAACAUUGUUCAUGUUUCAGUAGUUGAAACCAAUAAGAAUGCUUCUGUGUUGCUGUAACUUAAUACCUGGAUGAUAUAUAUAUAUGUUGAAGCAUCAGGUUUGAGUAUUGAAAGCAAUGUGAGACUUUAUGCUACAUGGAAAUAAUGAGUUUUGUAGGGUUUAUAAGUACUUUGAUGUUUGUAAAUUGUUUUCACAUAAGAAAUGUAGGAAAACCCGUUUGGUUUGUAUAA